GUUUUAAAUUUUAUUUCCGUCUCAGUAAUUUAAAAUUCACCGUAUGACAAUUUUUCCCGUUUUCUUUAUUCUCCCAACCCAAGUCACCGCCUAUUUAUACAUCGCAAUUAUACUCAAUUGCAGUGUUUAUCCCUCAUAAUUUAUUAUUCAAAAUCGAUUUUACAUGACAAUAACAAUAGACUUGGACAUUAGCCGUCAAUGUCCCCGCGUUUUCCGCGAAACUCAUCAUUUUCAUCGCUAAUUUAAAAUUCACCGCGACAAUUUACCAAAUACAUUUUUUACCGUCCCUCAGCUAUUUUUAUAAUAACUCUAGCAAGCUGCAUAAAAUCGCUAAUAAAUAUUAAAACAGAUCUAUUUGUUGAAAACAAAGGGACAGUAAAAAACCCUCGGGUUCAUUAUUCCCCCGAACUUGACAUCUCUGCCUCAGUCCUUAGACUCCAGUCCGCAAUGGACGUUCUGCAGGAAAACUUUUCAGUGUUAUUUUAUCUGGGGGUAUGGAAACCCCUGGACUGUACGGGCAUUAAGUCAUUUCUCUACAAUCUAUACACGCUUUUUAUAACAUCUAUUUCAUACACAUUCUUGCUCUCUCAAAUUUUAGACCUGAUUAUAAGUACAAAAACAGUAAGCGACUUUACCAGCAACAUUUUUAUUGUAUCGGCGAUUCUCACUGGCUGUUUGAAAAUAUUCCGAUUUAUCCGAAGUCGCAGUACUUUUAUUAACAUCAUUAAUAAUUUCAAAAGGGGGCUUUUCAAACCUGCUAAUGAUGAUGAGAUAAUUAUAUGGAAUAAAUAUGCACGUAUUACGAGGCUGGUCACUAUAGGAGCGACGACGUCACUAAUAAUUGGGUUGAUAGUAAUGUCAUAUGCACUGUGUUCAUUUAAUAUACCGCAGCGGCAAUUAUUAUACCGCGCUUGGCUUCCUUAUAAUUACUCAUCACUGCCCAUCAUCUACUGGCUCUCCUCAAUGGAACAACUCGCCACAGUCCACAUCCUCGCCGGGAUUAAUUUUUCAUUCGACCUGAUUUUUUUCGGAACAAUGUUGAACAUUUGUGCGCAAAUAAAUAUACUGAAGCUCCGUUACAAAGUAGCUCUGUCCCACAUUUAUUCAAUAAAUGACACCAUCAAUAACAAUGACGUCGGCGAGCUCAGAGAUGUCAGCAAACUGAUCCGUGAAUACACUGAUUCUCACGAUUCUAUAAUAAAGCUAUUUAAUUCAGCUCACCAUUUAUUUUCUACCAUUGUUACGAUUCAGUAUUGCACGAGCUCGGUGGCUAUUUGUACUAGUGCGUUCAAUGUAACGAAAAUGAAAUUUUUUUCAUUUCAAUUUUUCUCAACGGCGCUAUAUAUUAAUAAUGUUAUGAUUGAGUUAUUUAUACUCUGCGUAUCUUGCAAUGAGGUAACACUUGAGUUUGCAGACUUAGGUAACACAUUUUAUGAUUGUCAGUGGUAUGCAAUAAAUAAUUCAAAUAAAAAAUCAGUGGCAAUAAUGAUGACAAACACAAUAAAACCGAUUUAUUUCACUUGCGGAUACGUUAUCCAUUUGUCACUUGAUUCAUUUACGAGUGUACUUAAACUUUCUUACAGUAUUUACAACGUACUUCAAAGUGCGGAUUAAUUUGAUAAAUCUAUAUUGUAUUUCUAAACGACUAAAGUAAAAUGUAACAAUAUAUGUACUUAUGUAUUUAUUACUCACUGUAAAUGGUUAUAUAUUUAAUUCUUUUAUUUACUAAGUCAUAGAUUCGACUCAACUGAUGUUUCGCUUACUUUAUUAUUCCGAUUAAUAUUUUUUUUUUUUCACCCAAAAAUUGAACAAAUUUUUUUUGUUUCUUUUUAUGUUUUACUAAAAUUACUCGGAGUUCCGGAGCUUAAAAUAAAAAUCACUCUGCAUAUAGAGUC